AUGUCUAUUCCUGCUAUCGACUUCUCUGCAUUCCGCAACGGUACAGAGCAGGAGCGUAGGGUGCUCGCCAAUCGUAUCACCGAGGAAUUCAAGAAACAUGGUGCCACACGACUGAUAGCCCAUGGAAUUACUGGAGAGAGCAUUAAGAAGACCUACGAACAGAGUGACAAGUUCUUCAAGCUUCCCGAGGCGGAAAAGGUCAUCAUUGCCAACAUCCGGGACGCUAAUCCACAGCGAGGAUACAGCUAUGUUGGCUCUGAGGCGACUUCCAAGGUUAACAAACGGGACCAGAAGGGCGAGUUUCAAAUCUGUGAAGAUGAUGAUGUAGAUCAAGAACUCAUAGAUGCCAAGGAGCACUUUGACUACACCCGCGAAGGUGACGAGUAUUCGACGCCAUGGCCAUCAGAGGCAAGCAUUCCCGGUUUUCGCGACUGGAUGGAAGGUGCUUUCCUUCCAGACUGCAUGAAGCUGGCCCGUGAUGUCUUGACAGCUAUUGAGAUCGGUCUAAAUGUACCUGCAGGCACGUUCACAUCGUGCAUGGAGUCGCAUGUCGACGAACUGCGCAUUCAGCACUAUCCCCCACUGGCGGUAGAGGAGCUCAAAGCGGGUAAAAUUAAGCGCUGCCAUCCGCACACCGACUUUGGAUUCAUCACACUGCUCUUCCAGGACGCCACAGGCGGACUCGAGGUCGAAGAUCGAGCCAACGGCGGUUGGCUGCCCGUUAUACCUACCGGUGACCCUACCGAGGUCGGCGUGUACAUCGGAGAUACGCUCGUGCACAAGACCAACGGCCACCUCAAAGCAGCCGUCCAUCAUGUCGUAGCACCUGUGUCCCUCAAAGACAGGGAGGACGGCGUGAUGCCCGAGCGCUUCACCAUCGCCCUCUUCGCCAAAGCUGACCGCCAUGCCGACGUCGGGCCCAUGCCCCAGUUCAUCACCUCCGAGACGCCGCAGCGUUUCCCUAACCUGACAGCUCUGGAACUGCAUAAUAAGCGGGUUGGCCAGCUAUACGAUGCUAGGCCUAAAGUCAACAUGGCCUCGGCGUGA